CUAAAGUGUUUGAUGGUCAUUGGCCAUGAUCACAGGCCAGAUAGAAGGCACCCCCUAUCUACUGGUGGACUGAGAGCCUCUUGUUUGCAGCCUGCCAAUCGGUGCUCGUUCACACUGGGCAGCCUAAAGGUUGACUUCUUCUUCUGAAGGGGCCCGUUGAAGCCGUUCCCACUCAAAAACCCUUUGGCCCAGUCCAAGAAAGGUGCCCCCCUGUUUGGUGUGAAGAAGCCCUGGUAGGGUCAGCUGAUGUGAACAAGCCCGGAAACGAGCAGCUCAACGUGCGAGGCUCAUGCAGAAAGGCCCAGUGUGAACAAGUGCAUUGCGAAUAAGCGCUGGCUGACCCGGCACCAUGUGUGCAAAGGUGGCGCCGCUCCCGGGGGGGGUCCCCGGUGGGCCGUUUUACACCCCCUGCCAGCACCUGCAGCUGUUCAAGCUGCACCGGGGGGCGGGGGCAUAUGACCUGCUGCCAGAGCUCUUGCAGAGGGGUGCGAAUACCUCCCCACAGCGGUGUGAACACCCCGGGUGCUGCACUGGGCUUGGUAGGUUGUACUCGUGUUUGGCAUGUGGGGGGGUGGGGUGCUGGGGGCCGAAAGAGCAGCAUGCAAGGGAGCACGCUUUGCAGGGGGGUGGUCACGAGAUAGCGGUCGACGUCCAGCGGAAAGUGCUGUUCUGUGGGGCGUGCGGGGACGUCGUUUACGACCCCGAGUUCGAUGCGGUGGUCCGGGAGGGGUUGGCGGCGGAUGUCAGCUACAGGGAAAAGUUGGAGAGCAACCAGGGGCGAUACGAUUUGCCGGCGGCGAACUUUCCCCGGCCAAUCAAGCGGCGGAAAAAGAUGGCCAAGCAAAAGGACUGGGACGGGGGGGCGAUAGCUGGGGAGCGACCCAUCACACCUGAAUUGAGAAACGGGUUCCCGGCGGGCUUGAGGGGCCUGAAUAACCUGGGAAACACGUGUUUUAUGAACUCGGUGCUCCAGGCGUUGUUACACACCCCCCCGUUGCGGAACUACUUUCUGAACGACCGGCAUAACCGGGCGGUGUGCCAAAAAGAUGGGGCGCGGAAUUGUUUGGGGUGCGAAAUGGAUAGCAUGUUCGGAGCGGCAUUCUCGGGGAAUCGCGCGCCUUUCAGCCCAGCGGACUUCCUCUACAGCUGGUGGCGACACGCGGAGGAUCUGGCGGGGUAUGAGCAGCAGGACGCGCACGAGUUCUUCAUUUCGACGGUGGAUGGAAUUCAUGCGAACGCUGGCACGAUGUCGCCCAUGGCGCGGCGGCCUCAGGGACACAGGGUGGGUGACGCCGAGUGCCGCUGCAUCGUGCACAAAGUUUUCUCGGGCGUUCUUCGCUCUGACGUCACCUGCACGGUCUGCGGCUUCACCUCCACCACGUGCGACCCGUGCGUCGACGUGUCGCUCGACCUGGAACCGCCCAACCAGGAGCCGACACGUGACAGGCUCUCGAGCGACUCCAGCACCGGCCCCGGGCCUAGCAAGCGUCAUCCUGACGUCAGCAAGAAAGGGCCGGCGGCAGGGAAGAAAUGGAAGGGCCGGGGGGGGAAGCGGGGCAAGCAGGCGAACGGCCACGUGGUGGCCGACAAGGAGGUACACGUGGCGGCUGUGACGAGGGGCCACGUGGCGGCCGAAGAGGGGGAGUCGUCCGCGGCGCUGGGGCCGGGGACGGCGUCGGACUGCGAGGGGGGGGUCGCGAGCACAAGCGGGAGCACCCCCCCGAAAGAGGAGCAGGAGGAGGCGAGUUUGGUGGGGUGUUUGAACCGGUUCACGCGGCCGGAGCGGUUGGGCAACAACGAAAAGUUCCACUGCCAGCGGUGCCAGCAGCGGCAGGAUUCGACGAAGCAGAUGUCGAUCCGGAAGUUGCCCCUCGUACUGUGCCUGCACAUCAAGCGCUUCGAACACUCGUCGUCGAACAAGACCUCCCGAAAGGUCGACCGCUUCCUCAAGUUCUCCUCCUCCCUCGACAUGACGCCGUACCUCUCGUCGACGAUCGUGCGAUUGCGUCAGCGGCACCGGGAGGUGCCGGACCUGAACCUCGCACCGGACGCCGUUCCGGCCGCCUCGCUUCCGGGGGAGUUCCGGUCGACGGCCGGAACAGACCUCGAACCCAGCCCCUGCCCGUUGUACGACCUUUUUGCGGUCGUGACGCACUCGGGCCGGCUCGACUCGGGGCACUACAUCGCGUAUCUGAAAGGGGAGGGGGAAUGGUACAAGUGUGAUGACGCGUGCGUGACGCGGGUCGACGAGGAAAUUGUCAAGGGCUCGCAGGUCUACCUGCUGUUCUACGUGCAGCGCGCGCUGAAAUACGACGCGAGGGGAGGCCUCCCGAGCCCCGCGCCGCUGCCGCGGAUUGAACCGACGGUCGAGCCGUUGCCCGGGUUCCUGAACGACGGCCGCGGUUUUGCGAACGGACUGUAG